UUCUCAAUUUGUGGCAACGCCAGUAUAAAUUGUCUUCCAUCCAAAACAGCUGUUCAAUUAGACAAAAUAACCUCAAUAUUUUAGUGGCGGCUGUAAACAUUUCUAGUAUGUCAAAGUGGUUAUUUAACAAUUGUUUGUGGCCAAUGGAAUACUAAAAACAUCUGAAAUAAUAUUUAAGAAAGAAUAGUGCUAUGCGUAUACGUCGUCCACGUGGUGUUACAGUGCAGCAAUUAAUGGUAGUUACUGCAGUGGGUUUCCUUGGUGGUGUCUACAUUUGGAAGCCUCUUAUACUGAAAUUUCGGUCAGAAAAUACACAACAGAAAGAGGAGAGUGUAAAGGAAUCUGCCUUGCCAGUUUCUUCUAAAGCAGUACCAACAAACUUAGUUGCGGAAACCGUUAAAUAGAUAAAAAAAGCUAAA